CCUGGUUGGAGUGAGACAAUAGAGGGCAAAGCUACCCAAAUACGAGAAAGAAGCAACAACAGAUGUUUCGAUUGCUGAGGAACCGGUCACUGGAAGACAAAUUGCCUGAAACGAAAGCAAAAAACUUCAAACGAUACAGUCUUCCUUGUUUUCCUCGUUUGCGUUUGGGGAUUGUGGGAUUAGUUGAAAGAGGUGCUGAGUACGGACAAUUACAGGUUAAUGGGAGAGAACUAGUCUGUUUGACUGACACACAGGCAGCAGUUUCUUUCGUAGGUAGAGAACAGUGUGAGGAAGCAAGGGCGUGCACAUUAGCGGUUGAGACGGUAGGGGAAAAUUCUUUACAGAUUCUUGGUGUUUCCGACUGCGUUGUAGAGACCGGAGCAAAGGAAAUGCGAUAUCCGUUCAUUGUAACGUCAAAUAUACGGCGAACUUCCUCAGAGAAGUAGGCGCUGUAGUCGAUGUUAAGAAUCGGAGAGUGAUCAGAAACCAUGGGCAGUUUGCGAUGCAUGAGAACAGUGAAGUUGCUGAGGAAGAAGCCACAAUGCUUGUUCCGAAAGAAGCACCAAAUGUAAUCAUUUUGUUGAGUGAAUAUGCGUGCUUAUUCACUGGAGAUGGAAAACCCUACGGAUGU